AGGGAAGAGAGAGGGAGGGAAAAGAGAGACACGUUGGUGUAUUUAUAGAAAAACGAGGCCUCACAAUAGCCUUUUUUGGAGAGAGAAUUAUUAAGGAGCCGAGGUGCGCGGGUGCACGCGUCCCACUUUUCUGAUUACCACUGUGCUGCCGGCCCCCAGGAUGAAUCAGGAGUGAGACGCAGGACUAACUCCUCGACUCUGCCUCAGAAGCUGCACCGGCUUUUCAUGCACACUCACCCUUUUUUUUUUAAGUCACGAGGAGGUUUUUCACACGCGCGGGGGAAGAAGAAUGGGGCUUUGACUUGUUUUGGGUUUUCUUGUUGAGGGUUGUUGUUAAGAUUAUAUUUGGAAGGCGAUAGAGAGUCACCUGACGAAGGUCACCUGCUACCAGGGGAAGAUGAAGAAGUUUCUGCAGAACAAAAAGGGCAGAUAUUCUUUCCGGCAGAGCAAGCGAGGCUCGCGGUGUCCGUCUAAAGAUUUCUUCCUCAGCAUGCCGACGUCCAAUCAGGGCUGGCCUGAGGAUUUCGGCUUCCAGCUGGGCGGGAAUGGACCCAGCUACAUCCUGUCGGUGGAGGAGGGCAGCAGCGCUCACCUGGCGGGGCUGCAGGCCGGCGACCAGGUGCUGGAGAUCGAGGGCCAUAAUGUCUCGACGCUGGGGCCGCAGGCUGUUGUCGCCAUCGCUCAGACGCAGAAGAACAUCCCGCCCAGCAUCGGAGUGGUGUCCCGCAUCCAGCAGAUGGACAUCAUUCCAGGUCCAGACGGUCGUUUUGGCUUCACCAUCGUGGGAGACUGCCCUCUGCUGGUGGAGGACUGUUCGCCCUGCUCCCCCGCGGGCCGCGCAGGCCUGAGGGCCGGCGAUUGCGUGAUGGAGGUGAACGGCAUCCCCGUCCGGCAGCACGAGACAGCGGCGGCGCUGAUCAAGGCCUCGCAGGGCCGCACGCUGCGCCUGGGCGUGCUUUGCCUCGGUGCCAGGCAGAAACGCAGCAGCAGCAUCGAGGACAGUCAGAUGGGAGGAGAGGGGACGAGGCUGGACCGGAAACACAAAGCUCUGGAGUUCAACAAGAAGGUCGACCAGAUCUUGGGGGACGAACCCGACGUGAAGGAGAAACUCUUCGCCGUGCUGAAGCAGUACGCGGCAGAGAAGAAGGUGGAGUGGUUGGCCUCCGUCGUGCCGGAGAUUCUCACCACUGAGGAGCAUCGACAGCUUCUCUCCAGCAUCAGAAUCUUCAUCCCCAAGAAACACCGGCAGCGCUUCGACGUGGCCGUAAACCAGAACGUCAUCAACCGCCUGUGCCGCAGCAAGAGCAUCAGCGAGCCGCAGGGCCGCGUGCGCCGCAGCCGCAGCGAGGACCACUCUGAGCGCCACCGCGGCUCCAAGCGGGCCAGCUCCGUGCCCAGGGAUGGAGGGGAGCCCGGCGGCAGGGGCGACGCGGAGAGGGACAGCCGGGGCGCGAGGAAGUCCGUCUCCGGGGUUCCCCCGCAUCCACCCAUCGGACCCAAUCAGAGGAUUGUUCGAGUUUACAGAGGGAAAAAGAGCUUUGGCUUCACGCUGCGAGGUCACGCUCCCGUCUGCAUCGACUCUGUCAUCUCAGACAGUCCUGCUGAGGAGUGUGGACUCAAACCCGGAGACCGGAUUCUCUUCCUCAAUGGACUGGACAUGAGAAACUGUUCCCAUGAGAAGGUGGUGUCCAUGCUGCAGGGCAGCGGCGCGAUGCCCACUCUGGUGGUGGAGGAGGGUCCGUUAGAUUUCUCCUCAGACCAGACCGACGCCGAAGAGUCUCCGAGCCUUCAACCCGCCACACUGCCGCGCUCCAGGUCUCCAGCCCUCAGCUCUUUGCAGUGGGUCGCUGAGAUUCUCCCGCCGAGCAUCAAAGUCCACGGGCGAACCUUCAGCCAGCAGCUGGAGCACCUGCUGACCAUCCAGGAGAGAUACACUGUCUGCAAAUCUCUGGAGACUUUCUUCCAGCACCGGAAUGUGGACACACUGAUCGUGGACGUGUUCCCAGUGUUGGACACUCCGGCCAAACAGCUGAUCUGGCAGUUUAUUUACCAGCUGCUCACCUACGACGAGCAGGAGCGCUGCCAGAGCAAGCUGUCGCGCUUCCUGGGUUUCAAAAGCAGCGCCGUGUUGGAGCCCGACGGCCCCGAGCACCACCGGCGGAGCAGCUCGGUGCGCGUGACGGGAACGUCGUACCGUGGAAUCACCCGAGAGAGAAGCUCGGACGACUGCAUCAUCGGGACUCACCUGGGAAUGGGAAUUCAUGUCGAUGAAUCCGGGAGCCCGGAGGAGAGGCAGUCAGGAGACGGAACCUCCUUCCCCGAGUCCCCUGACCUCAGUCAUAUGACAGGUGUGUACACGGAGCUGGAGAACGUGUACGCAGGGAAGAGUGUGUCUCCGCUGCAGGGAGGCUCCUCUGCUGAGGCCGAGAGGCCGGGACAGACUGAGGCCUACGGCCGCUCUCUCUCCCCUCUCACUCUCCCACCUCUCACAGGUAACCGUAAAUCUGGUCUGUCUCUGUCGUGGAAGGAGCCGCUGCCCACGCCCGUCUACGAGAUCCACCACCAGAGCAGCGUGGACUCCAACCCGUACGUGAGCCUGGAGAGCCCGCCCCCCGCCUCACCGCUGCCACAGGACAGCAACCCCAACACGCUGACGCGGCGCAAGAAGCUGUUCACGUUCUCGCGUCCGCCGCGCAGCCGCGACACCGACAAGUUCCUGGACGCUCUGAGCGAGCAGCUCGGCCACCACGUCACGUCCAUGGACCACUUCGUACACGGGGAGAAUGACUAUGAGGAGAUAUAUCAAGGUGGUUGUCAUGGUUACAGAAGAGGAGGUGUGUCUAUGAGUUUCCAGGAGGAGCAGGACCUGGGCUUCAUGCCUCGUCACCUCAGCAGUGGCAGCAGCGACGAUCACAGCAGCAGCGACGAAGCCUCCUCUCCCUCCUACUCCUCUGAGUCCGAACCCAUCCCACCUCCUCCGGACCAGAGCCCUCCGCCUCCGCCGCCCUUCCAGUCCCUCAUACCGCCUCCCGUCCAGUUCACCGACCCUCUCCCGCCUGUCCGCUUCUCCCCCGAGCACAUCCCGCGCAGUCGCAUGCCGUUCCAUCCGCACCACCCCAUCAUCCCCCCGCCGCCACCUCCUCCGAGGACGCUCCUCUCCAGCCGCUCUCCUCGACACAAAGUUCUCCCCUCCAGGGAGGAGUUGGAGAAGACUCACCAGCGCUUCCAGACCUCCCACCUGAAGCACGGCCACACCCCUCUGACCUCCUCCACGCUACGCACAUCGCAGCCGUCCCGCCCCUGCUUCCUGCCGCGGCAGCUCAGCCAGCCUCAGCCUCUGUGCCAGACGUCGUCCUCGCCCCAGCCUUCGCCUCAGCCGAUCAGGCCGAGUCAGCUCGUCCUGCAGAGGCACCACCAGCUCCACCACCAGCACAGCUACCAGGGCCCGCUGCCGCCGUCUCUCCAGGACGACGGCGCCGCCACCCAGUGCGCGAGCCAAGGCGCGACAAAGCUCUCCAAGCCUCCGGCCACGCACUCCACCCUCCCCAGCCACAAGAAGACCUAUGAGACCGCACGAAAGGAGCUCCAGUCGCAGCAGGCUGGACCACCUCCUCCUCCACCGCUGCCCCCUCCCUGCGACGCACCGCCACUGCCCAAACCAGGCCACCACGCCUCAGACACCAACCACAUGAGCGUGAAGAGACUGCGCUGGGAGCAGGUGGAGAACUCAGAGGGAACCAUCUGGGGUCAGCUCGGCGAGGACUCGGACUAUGACAAGCUCACUGACAUGGUGAAGUAUCUGGACCUGGAUCUGCACUUUGGGACCCAGCGCCGAUCCAUUUCUCCUCCAGAGCCAACUUUCCUUCCUGAGAGCUUUAAAAAGAAAGACGUGGUGGAGAUUCUGUCUCAUAAGAAGGCCUACAACGCAUCCAUCCUCAUCGCUCAUCUGAAGCUCUCCCCCGACGAGCUGCGUCAGGUGUUGAUGAACAUGACCACUAACCGGCUGGAGCCGGCCCACAUCAAGCAGCUGCUGCUCUACGCGCCCGACGACGACGAGGUCAAACAGUACGAGCAGUUUGAGCAGGACCCGGCCAAACUCAGCGAGCCCGACCAGUUCAUUUUCCAGAUGCUGGUGGUGCCCGAGUAUAAGACGCGUCUGCGGAGCCUCCACUUCAAGACCACGCUGCAGGAGAGGACGGAGGAGAUGAAGGUGGCGUACGACUACAUCUACAAGGCUUCAGUGGAGCUGAGGAGCAGCAAGAAACUGGCCAAAAUCCUGGAGUUUGUUCUCGCCAUGGGGAAUUACCUGAACAACGGGCAGCCAAAGAGCAACAGAACCACCAGUUUUAAGAUCAACUUCCUCACUGAGCUCAGCACGACCAAAACCGUUGACGGAAAAUCCACCUUCCUCCACAUUCUGGCCAAGUCUCUGUGCCAACACUUCCCCGAGCUGCUCAACUUUUCCAGAGACCUCACCACAGUUCCUCUGGCGGCCAAAGUGAACCAGAGAGCCAUCACAGCAGAGCUGGGCGACCUUCACACCACCAUCCAGGACAUCAGGACGGCCUGUCUGAAGAUCACACCCACGUCUGAGGACCACUUCGCUUCUGUCAUGAGCAGUUUCCUGGAGAACAGCCACCCUGCCGUCCAGUCCCUGGAGUCUAUGCAGAACCAAGCCAUGGAGGAGUUCUCCAAGGUGGCCUCCUACUUCGGCGAGGACGGCAAGUCCAUCAGCACGGAGACCUUCUUUGGCAUCUUUGCAGAGUUCAUAUCCAAGUUCCAGAGAGCUCUCACUGAGACCCAGACUCCAGAAAACCCCAGAAGCCCCAGAAGCCCCAGACUGUCUUCUCCUCUGGCCUGGUGAAGACGGAAAGGACGCCGGGCCAAAACCUGACCAGAGCGAGACGGAGAGAAGGAGAGAGAGAGGGGACAGAUGGACGGACGGACGCUCGGAUCCAUUUUCACUCUGCAACCAAAGUGCCAAGACCACACACACACACACACACACACACACACACACACACACACACAGGGUCUCAGAGCGACCGCGUCAUCUAUAGCAAACUGAACAAUUCAGUGUUAUCUGUCGAUAAAUCGGAGCGAGUGAGCGAGUGUCCCCCGUGUGGAGCAGUGCUGUUACUGCAGGUGCUGGUGAGAGCAGGAACAUUCAGGUUUCAGAAACAAACACAAACGUCAUCACUCCCCGUCUAUUUUUAAUACGCACUGUAAAACUCUAUAAACACAUGUACAUGUCUCAUCGUAAAGCUGCGUCCAUGUAAAGUAAAACUAGCCGCGAUAUAGACACACACGUUUAUUCUACGACAAAGUUUAUAUUUUCUAUCACGUCAUAUUUGAAAACUGUAAAAAAAUAAAAAAGAAGCGUAGAUUUUAGACGGAGACUGUAGUUCACACGACGACUGAUAAAAGUUGGUACAGCGACGCAUUCACUGCCACAUGUACAGCAGGAUUUAGUUUAUACAAUUAGUCGUUUUGAGUUUUUACAACAAACUUUUUGCUUCUUUCCAUCAAAUUUUUGCUAAAUUGAAAAUGUUUCCCUCGUCAUAUAAUGAGUUAAAGUCACAUUAUUUCUCGCUAGCUCAGUUCACUUCAGAGCUUUGUUUUGAUGGAAUCGAAAUAUAAUCAAUAAAACUACAGAAGAAACAAACAUUUAAAACAACAUAGAUACGGCAAAUGUUGACGUCAAAUAAUCCCAAUCAGAUUUGAAUCCGUCUGAUGAUAAAAGUGCAGCAGAAAACAGUUAAAAGUUUUUGCAGUGAGCAUCAGUCGACCAUUUUCUGUGGAAGCAAAGUUGUAAAUUGUUAAAAAAAAAUUAUAUAAAAUUUAAAAAUUGAUCAGAAUAUAAAAGUUUUCAUUUAUUUAAAAAAAUAAAAGGUUUUAAAAUAUUGCACCAAAUCACAACAUACUUUUCAAAUAAAAUGAAUUGGAUAAAUUAAAAUAUUUAAGUUGUACUAUGUACUUUAAUUGAGUUUAAAUAAAUACAAAAUUCAAAACCCAAAAAUCUGAUUUUACAGAUUCACGUCAGUCACGCAACGCAAACACGUCAAAAUACAAAAAACAUCACUUCACUUAAACCUUAAAAAAAAAGUUUAAAAAAAAUUCUUGACUGCUCAAGAAAGGAACCAAAACUCAAUUUAAAUAGUAAUAAACAAAUAUUUUAUUUAUGAAUUUAAUAUAACAUAUUCACUAAGUGUUUGGACUUUUCAACACAAUGAGGUUUUUAAAUGAUUUUAUAAAAAGUCAAAUCUGUAGCCGUUUCUGAUCUGAAAAACUUCCAAUCUCUCACACACACACACACACUGGAGUACUCAGAUUAUAAUCUGACUGUUUUAACUGAAUCAGAUCCAGAUAAAUCCACUCAAUCCCCUCAUUUAUUUGAUUUGUUUUGUAGAGGAAACACUUUUGCUGACUCAUAUUUGGCUCAUGAACUUUGUGUGGCUCGAACCAUGAGUCAGCACUUUUUUAAUUGAAUAGUCAGUCCAGAAAGACGAGAGGCCGCUUUAGUGACGGAGACACGACGACUCAGCUUUCCUGCGUAGGUUAAAGGUCCGGUGUGUAAGAAUUAGUGACAUCUAGUGGUUAAAGUGCAGAUGGCAAAGCAACAGAGGGGGAACUACGGUGGCCUUCACAGACCACAAAAUAUGUUGUCGUUCUUCUUUGUUAGCAAAGAAGAACAUGCAAACAAAAUGGCCGUCUGAAUGGCCCGUUUGUCAAGGCUUGAAUAACAUUUAAAAGUCAACAAAAACAACACAUUUUUGGUUUUAAAGUGAUUAUUUUUAAACACAUCAGAUCUUUAAACGACUGAGGGGAGGGAGGGAGAGAAACAAGGAAACCACUAGUGUACAUGAUUACUUCCUGCUUCUGUGGUCGUCAUGGUGAUCUACGGUACAGUGUACCUGUAGCCGUGUGGUGUUUAUGUCGAUGAACCUCCUGUAUUUUUGCUAUGCACUGCUCAUUCAUCGUCCUCAUUCCCAAAAGUCCGCCUUUUAUUUCCAUUUCCAUCGGAAAGUUACGAUUUCUGUCCGCUUUAGCCGACGAGGCGAUUGCGAUCUCGUGAGAAUGCGAUCAUGGCUGCUAAUGAGUGUAGUGACCGUGUGUUGUCGUCACGAUCAGUUGCAUGUUGGUGCAGUUCGUUGUGUUACGAUGUGCAGCUGGUAGCAUUCAAACCCUGGAUAUUUUUAUUGAUCGAUUUAUUUAGAUAAUCCACUCGUCGUUUCGUCCGAUCGGUUCAUUUUUAUAACUGUUAUUGUUUUGUUUUUUUAUGUUUUCUCUUCAUGUUUGGUUCACAAUAUUUUGUUUUUGAUCUAUAAAAAUCUCAUGCUUGAAAGUCAAA